AUGUCUUUAGCAGCCAACAUCGAACUCCAUGGCACAGCAGGCCUGGAACACAAGUACUAUAUUUAUGAUGUGCUGAAUGACUCGGUACUUCCCUCCUGCGGCGAGCCAGCGACAAAUGUGGACUUUGUUGGCUAUCUCUCGAUGGGGUUGCUGCCAACGGUGUAUCCUCUUUAUUGUCUGACGGAGAGCAAUUAUCCUCUCAGACAACAGCUGUGCCUUACAGCUUACAUUUGUACUCCCGUGCUGCACGCCUCACUAUUCUUGAGCCCCCACAGUGAUAUUCUGUGCUACAUUCUGAUACUCGACUUCUCUGCUCCACCAUUAAAUUUGCCUUUCCUGAUGGUUGUAACCUGCAAGAAUGGUAUGCAUGGUCUGUAUCACCAUGUCGAUGUGGCGAACCCUGGUAGUUGCACUGUCAUCCAUAUUGCACGGUACCCUACAGGUUACUAUAAGAAGCCCAUUCCUGAGAGCGAGAUAUUGAAACUUGCUUCGGCAUGGUUCUUGCAAUUUUUCUACGAUGUGAGGCGCAUGCUGGGCUACACCCUUGAUGACUCUCAUGCAGGCCUUGGCCUCAGUGAUGGCAUGUUCAGUGACACUCUGACGGACAAAAUAUUGGACGGCCUUCAGAUGUUCCUAAGACCACACACAAACAUCCUCCCACUUGCUCUCACCAAGGAGGCCGUGUACCAUGUUAUAUUCCGUACCACAAACACAUGCGGUGUUCGAUUGACCAUUGCUGACCUCGAACCUGCAAUGUUUAGGCAUGCUCAACAUCUCCCAUGGGAGACAGCAGCAUUCAUCGCGUUGUCUACAGAGGGCCAUGACACUCUUCCAGAAUCCCUCCUCAUCACAGCUUCUGUGGUGUUUGGAUUGGUCAAUGCCCAUGAUCUUAUGGCUCUCAUAGACAUGUACCUUAAAGAGGUCACAAUGCACAUGCAGCUCCAGCAAGAAGAGGGGAAUUGCAUGAUAUUCCUUUUGCGACAAGGGCGGUGUUUGAUGCAGGAUAGAAUGUAUAGAGCUCAAGUGGAAGUUUCCUUGUUCAGUAAUGCUAUUGCCAACUUGUGCGAAGAGCUGGAAACUAGAAAUUACCCAAUUGGUCGACAGAAGCCGGCUAUAGUUGAUGUUAAGUAUGUUGGAGCACGCACAGUGCAUAGCUCGGUCGAUAUUGAUUACUUCCAACCUACACAAGCCACCCAAGACAAAUGCAAUGCAUGGCUUCUCACAUUAUCAUCACAUGUUCAAGGCAUCAUGCAGAGCUUCAAGGCAAAGGAGCACAAAACUGUAGAUGUACUCAAGUCCGAUGUCCGUAUUCUAGAUCUAAAGAAGCGGCGAGCACAGGCCAAAGUGGACAUGGUUUUGGAAGCCAUGGAACGCCUGUCUGAGUUUGAGGGCACAUCAGACGGCAAAUGCUCUGAAGUUGUAACGUUCGACACGCAUUUACCUGACAACUAUCUCGAUGAUUUUGCUUCAGCCCCAUCCUUGUUCUUCUCUUCCAACAAUUCUGUACUCCUGUGA